AUGGGGUCUCGUCCCCCCGUCAGCGAGGUGGACAGUAACCCAGAGCAGCAGCAGCAGCAGGAGGGAGGGUGGACGCUGGCAAGCCGACGUGCAGGCCAGCCGACGUGCAGGCCAGCCGACGUGCAGGCCAGCCGACGUGCAGGCCAGCCGACGUGCAGGCCAGCCGCCGUGCAGGCCAGCAGCCGUGCAGACCAGCAGCCGUGCAGGCCAGCCGACGUGCAGGCCAGCCGACGUGCAGGCCAGCAGCCGUCCAGGCCAGCAGACGUGCAGGCCAGCAGUCGUGCAGGCCAGCAGACGUGCAGGCACGUAGACGUGCAGGCCAGCAGCCGUGCAGGCCAGCAGAUGUGCAGGCACGCAGACGUGCAGGCACGCAGACGUGCAGGCACGCAGACGUGCAGGCCAGCAGUCGUGCAGGCCAGCAGCCGUGCAGGCCAGCAGCCGUGCAGGCCAGCAGACGUGCAGGCACGCAGCCGUGCUGGCCAGCAGCCGUGCAGGCCAGCAGCCGUGCAGGCCAGCAGCCUUGCAGGCCCGCAGCCGUGCAGGCCCGCAGCCGUGCAGGCCAGCAGACGUGCAGGCACGCAGCCGUCCAGGCCAGCAGCCGUGCAGGCACGCAGCCGUGCAGGCACGCAGCCGUGCAGGCACGCAGUCGUGCAGGCCAGCAGCCGUGCAGGCCAGCAGCCGUCCAGGCCAGCAGACGUGCAGGCACGCAGCCGUCCAGGCCAGCAGACGUGCAGGCACGCAGCCGUGCAGGCCAGCAGACGUGCAGGCACGCAGCCGUCCAGGCCAGCAGACGUGCAGGCACGCAGCCGUCCAGGCCAGCAGACGUGCAGGCACGCAGCCGUCCAGGCCAGCAGACGUGCAGGCACGCAGCCGUCCAGGCCAGCAGACGUGCAGGCACGCAGCCGUCCAGGCCAGCAGACGUGCAGGCACGCAGCCGUCCAGGCCAGCAGACGUGCAGGCACGCAGCCGUCCAGGCCAGCAGACGUGCAGGCACGCAGCCGUCCAGGCCAGCAGACGUGCAGGCACGCAGCCGUCCAGGCCAGCAGCCGUGCAGGCACGCAGCCGUGCAGGCCAGCAGCCGUGCAGGCCAGCAGACGUGCAGGCACGCAGCCGUCCAGGCCAGCAGACGUGCAGGCACGCAGACGUGCAGGCCAGCAGACGUGCAGGCCAGCAGACGUGCAGGCCAGCAGACGUGCAGGCACGCAGCCGUGCAGGCCCGCAGCCGUGCAGGCACGCAGCCGUGCAGGCCAGCAGCCGUGCAGGCCAGCAGCCGUGCAGGCACGCAGCCGUCCAGGACAGCAGACGUGCAGGCACGCAGCCGUCCAGGCCAGCAGACGUCCAGGCACGCAGCCGUCCAGGCCAGCAGACGUGCAGGCACGCAGACGUGCAGGCACGCAGCCGUGCAGGCCAGCAGCCGUCCAGGCCAGCAGACGUGCAGGCACGCAGCCGUCCAGGCCAGCAGACGUGCAGGCACGCAGCCGUCCAGGUCAGCAGACGUGCAGGCACGCAGCCGUUCAGGCCAGCAGACGUGCAGGCACGCAGCCGUCCAGGCCAGCAGCCGUCCAGGCCAGCAGCCGUCCAGGCCAGCAGACGUGCAGUCCAGCAGCCGUCCAGGCCAGCAGACGUCCAGGCCAGCAGCCGUCCAGGCCAGCAGCCGUCCAGGCCAGCAGACGUGCAGGCAAGCAGCCGUCCAGGCCAGCAGCCGUGCAGAUAGACAGCAUUCCGACAGAUUCACCUGAUUCUUCUCCCGACAAGAAACAUGGGGUCAUGGUGACAAGAGCGACUGAGCAAGAGGAGAGGCCUCGUGUACAAGCACCCACGGAUACCCAAGAGUCUGGCGUGAAGGCACAUCAGUACUUGCAGUAUGGCAAGGUACAACGUUCACUGAACUGGCCAGAGAUUUCCCAGACGUCAGAGGUUGGCACUCCUCGCGUGAUUGCCGAACCUGGAUUCAGCAUUAUACGGAACGUUGGUCGACCUGACGGUGGCAGAGCGAACACCAUCUUCAAGGUACAAGCAGCCCAGUUGGGACUAGGUGUGGGCCUAGUAGACAAUUAUGCUGUAAGUACCGACUUAACAACUAUCGCUGUUACUCCAAAUUAUCAGACCCCUGUAUUCCAGGUUCCCGUCUCCUUGAAGGACUACCUGACGGUGGCAGAGCGAACACCAUCUUCAAGGUACAAGCAGCCCAGUUGGGACUAG